AAUAGGAGCGGACGCUGCUCGUGUCGCCAUGGUGACGGGGCUGUGCCCAAGGAGGUUGUGAUGGCUUGACAGGUGCGUGACAAUCGGAGCUCUCUGCAAGCAUGUACGCCAAAGGCAAGAGUAGCAACGUGCCGUCCGACAGCCAAGCCAGAGAAAAGUUAGCGCUGUAUGUGUACGAGUACCUGCUACACGUAGGAGCCCAGAAGUCAGCGCAGACCUUCCUGUCAGAGAUCCGAUGGGAGAAGAACAUCACAUUAGGAGAACCUCCGGGGUUUCUCCACUCUUGGUGGUGCGUUUUCUGGGACCUGUACUGUGCAGCCCCGGAGAGAAGAGACACAUGUGAGCACUCCAGUGAGGCCAAGGCCUUCCAUGACUAUAGUGCGGCAGCUGCUCCGAGUCCCAUCCUCGGCAGCCUUCCCCCAGGGGACGGCAUGCCCGUGGGCCCGGUCCCUCCGGGGUUUUUUCAGCCUUUUAUGUCCCCUCGAUACCCGGGAGGACCCAGACCGCCCCUCAGAUUACCCAAUCAGGGGCUUGGCGUCGUGCCAGGAAGUCAGUCGAUGUUACCCAGUGGCAUGGACCCCACACGACAACAAGGACACCCAAAUAUGGGCGGGCCGAUGCAGCGGAUGACGCCACCGAGGGGCAUGGUGCCGCUCGGGCCCCAGAGCUACGGAGGAGGGAUGAGGCCGCCGCUGAAUGCGCUGGUUGGGCCCGGGAUGCCGGGCAUCAGCAUGGGGCCAGGCGGUGGGAGACCGUGGCCAAAUCCUCCAAAUUCAAACUCGACUCCUUAUUCGUCUGCGUCUCCGGGCAGUUAUGUGGGACCUCCAGGAGGAGGGGGACCGCCCGGGACCCCGAUCAUGCCAAGUCCAGCAGAUUCAACUAACUCCGGUGACAACAUGUACACUAUGAUCAGCGCAGGCCCCCCAGGUAGCAGUCGACCAAAUUUCUCCAUGGGUGCAGGAGGGGACGGCCCAUUAGGGGGAAUGGCGGGAAUGGAGCCUCAUCACAUGAAUGGAUCAUUAGGGUCGGGUGAUAUGGACAGUCUCCCAAAGAACUCUCCAGGCAAUCUGAGUAUGAGUAACCAGCCGGGAACCCCCAGAGAGGACGGAGAGAUGGCCGGAAACUUCCUUAACCCUUUUCAGAGUGAAAGUUAUUCUCCAAACAUGACCAUGAGCGUGUGAAGACAAGGCCGGCAGCUUGUUCGCUUGCCUGCUCCCGACCUUCGACAAAAAGCAAAGGAUCACAUCUGAUGUCACGUCGACCUGUGACUCCUCCUCCUCUUCCUCCUCCUCCUCCUCCUCCUCCUCUUCCUCGCCCUCAACCUCCCCAAUCAGGACAGCGACCCAGGCCUUCGUCCCAACACCGCCCCGCCUUCCCCGAUGUUUGUCUCAUCAUUCCAAAUAACCAGUUGGCCACACUCAUCGGUUCCUCUUCGGCAACUAUGCGACUGUACAAAGGAACAAUUCAAAGACAUGGGGGGGGGGGGGGGGGCGGGGGGGCUUGAGUGUAUUGGUGUGCGGACCUUUCAAGCUCAAACAGACAGACGGCCAGCAUCCUAUUUAUUUGAAAGUUUCAAGACAUUGCCGAUGGUAAACUUUACUGUAACUGGUUCUCGCCAUGGACUUUUUUUUUAAAUUUAUUUCCUAACAAUUAUAUCUGAAAGGAGAAUUAAGGACACAUUACAAUCACAUUUCCAUAAGGUUUAUUUAUAUUCUGCAGAUUUUUAUGAAGCCUUUUUUUUACAUUUGUGUUUGUCCACCACUAACACUGUGUACUAAGAAACACGGCACACAAAUAUCUGGUUUUUUCAUUUCGAAUUUCAAAAAAAAAAACGCCUUAAGGUAGACGGACGGAAUCAAAUAUUGACUUUUCUUUGAUAAUGAAUAACUUUUUUGAAUGUGGCCCCUGUAAUGUGUUCUUUGCACUUUGAUGCCAAAUCAUCUCCAAUAUUUCCUACACGUUGCUUAAUGGCUGGUUGCCUAUUUGCUUUGGGUUCAAAUAUGAUUAAAUAAUAAAGAAAUAAUACCGUUGAGUUAUUUACAGUUAUGAAAAUUAGGGUUGGAAAAUUCCAACUCCUCAUCCGCUCAAACUGUGACAUCAGUGUGGACUAAAAGAAAGGUUGGCGCAGAAAGUGGGAUUGUUCCCAAUUCCUGAUUUUUGAUGUUUUAUUUAUCGUGUGCAAAAGGUCCACGUGCCUGUGAACAUCCUCCUUCCGCCUUCCUAACUGCAAAUUGUACAGCCCACAAAUGUAGCUCCCCGUCUUCUAUGUGUAUUUGAUAUUAUGGUCCAUAUUAUUGAAUGAAAAUGAACGGAUUUAUGCCGAUGCGAUGUGACAAUUUAACGGCGAUAACUUUAUUUGUGGUUCUUUUGUAAGUAUGAAGCCAUAGGUGGGAUACAAGAUGACACAUUUGUAAAUUGGACCAUGUUUUGGUGGCAGUACGUUGAACUCCAUUUGUGUUGUGUUCACUUCUCUCUUAUUUUCAUUUGGUUUUUUUUUAAAUUCUUGUAUUCAGUUUUUGUAAAUAUAAGGAGAACUAUUUCAUGGUUUUGAAUAUGCUGGUAUAAAUCUUCUCUUCCCUCA